GAACGCAGAGCAUCUCCAAGAAACCGUUGCCUCCUCUUCCCAACCCCCAUUCUCCCACGCCCACCAUCCUCUACAUCGAACACCGCCGCGCAGCCGGCGAUGUUGCCCUCCGCCAUCGCUGCGGCGAACUCGCUCUUCUACUGCAUCGAUCCCCGCUUCCCUACACGGCUUCAUCUCAUUCAUACUAAUCCCGUUCUUCUGGGACUCCACAACCCCUCGCCUUUUCGGCCCAAAUCGACCACAAGCCGAUACCCUUCUCCGAUCUUCAGAAUCCACUCUUCUCUCCAUCCCGUCGCCCUCACAGACUCGAACGACGCCGCGGAGUUGGUCCCCUCCUCCGCCGCGGCGCUGGCCGCCGCCAUCCAGCGGGCCUCGCCGUCGUCGCCGGUGGUGUUCACCCAGCGGGUGGAGAAACAGGGGAAGGAAGGGCUUGUCCUGCCGAGCCCUGACUUCCAACGCCUCUGCCUCGAGCAGCUCGAUUUGUUUCGCAUGGUUGUGGAUCCGGACGCCGUCUUGUCGGUGUAUGUCAGGCCAGCUGGCAGUUACAUAAUGGACCAGUUAGAAUUACGGCGAGUUGUUUUUUAUCCAGAAACUGAUGUUUCUGAAAGUGCAGAUUGUGUGAUAUUAGUUGGUAAUUUUUCUAUACCAUCAGGUUUACGUGCAGCUGAAACUGCUCUCUCGAAACAGAAAGUGGAAGUGAUAUCUGGGACUGGAGCUCUUGUUCUGCCAAUGGUUAAGCAUCCAUUUGUUGUAGGAUUUCUAGUUGCAGAACUACCAAAGAAGGAUUUGGAUUCAUGUGAGAAUGUGGAUAGUGGUGAACUGUGUGUGCCCUUUUGCUCACCUAAAGAUGAUUGUUUAGGUGGAGCACCAUAUUCUAGUAAGAAACCCUGGGAAAUUGAGGCUUUCAGUGAAGAUUUGAUGAAAGCUUAUGGCCAAUUCACAACUGAACAAAGAUCAAGAGCUAUUGUGAUUUCUCGAUCUUUGGCCACAGCAUAUGUCAUGGAUCAGAAAGCAAUGCUUCUUCAACAGUCUUCUUGGCAAAAUAGUGUCAGAAUGAAUCAUCUGAUUGAACAAAUACGUGCACCUCUUUCUAGCAUUAGAGCUCUGACAAAAAUGUUAUCUGUUCAUGUCAAGAGAAGUGAGAUUUCAUAUGAUAUCAUCGAAGACUUACUUAUGCAGGGUGAACAUAUGAAAGAUGCCUUACAGCAGCUUCAAGAUUCUGCCUAUCUCACCAAGGUUAAUAUAGUACGAUACAAUGAAGAAACAAUAAAGAAGAUGCAUGAUCCUAAGUUCAGCCACCAAGAAUUGUCGAGGUCACUGCCAUCUGAGAAUGAUUCAAGCGAGAACAAAACAUAUAGUAUGCAGAAGAUGGAACCUGUGCUACCACUAAGCUCUGGAAAAAAAGACCUAGCAAUGCCGAUGCCACCUCUUUGGCUUGUGCCACUAAAACAAAACAUUACCAGACCAUGUGUUGUUUCUGAUAUAUUGAAAGAUCUGGUUGGAGCUGCUCUCCCUCUCGCUGACAAUCAACAACGAUCACUGGAACUUAAUGAACUGUCACAGUUUCUCCAGGUUGGUGUCGAAGAAUCUUCUCUGCGACAGGCACUUAGUAAUCUGAUAGAGGGGGCUUUGUUGCGCACAUGCAUAGGCGGGAAAGUUCAAAUAUAUGCAACUGGAGCACCUGCUGGUGGUGCCCUGGUCAUAAUUGAUGAUGACGGGCCUGACAUGCAUUACAUGACUCAAAUGCGCUCUCUCACACCAUUUGGAGUGGAUCUCUUUGCAGAUGGCAUGGUGGAAGACAACAUGACAUGGAAUUUUGUUGCAGGGCUGACCAUUGCUCGUGAGAUCCUAGAGAGCUAUGGGUGUGUCAUCCGUGUCAUUUCGCCCCGGGCCUUGGAUGCUGCCUUUGGUACCGGGGGGACGCGUAUUGAACUCUGGUUCCCUGCUCUGCCGUCUGAUUCAUCUGAUGCAGCCGGAGAGGUGUAGCAAAUUCCGGUACCCCAUUGUUCAUGCCAUCUUGGUUUUUCCAAGAGCAAGGGUCGUAGAAUUGGUUUCAUGAGAACACGUUGGUUAGUGUUGCUGAUAACUCACUUUCUUGUAUCUUGUUUUUCUACUAGCUCAUCAUUGAUAUGAGAUGCACGAUUACAAACGGUGAAUAGACUCGACAUAAAAAAAAGGACUUGUUUGA